ACUGAGCCGCCCGCUGGAUCGCGUUUACUCCUCUGAAGAGCUUCUGGAGCAAAUACUAUUACAGAAGCCAGUCACAGUGAACACACAGCAGCUGAUUUAUUAUCUCAUGCAAAUCUGCUGCAAGUGCUGAACUUUCAACCCUGUGUGUGAGUGUGUGUGUGUGUUUAGGAGGAGAAACUCACACACACGUGCAGCUGCGGUAGCAGUGGAAUCAGACUUUCAGCUCCAUCAGCCUCAGCUUUAUUUACACCUGCACCAUGAGGAAAGGCUCCUGUUGCAUGUUCACGUCUGGAAUCCUCGGCGCUCUUCUCCUGGUCACGGGAAUCGGCCUGUUUUGGUCCGGUGUUUUCCAGAACUUGAUCCACAACAAGCUGAAGAGGGAGAUCACGCUGACAGAAGGCAGUAAAGUUUUUGCAACAUGGAAGAAUCCGCCGCCUCCAGUCUUCAUGCAGUUCUUCUUCUUCAACGUCACCAACCCUGACGCCUUCCUGAAAGGAGAAGCCAAACCUCAUCUUACUGAGAUGGGGCCUUACACCUUCAGAGAGUACAGGCCCAAACACAACGUGUCGUUUGUGGAUAACGGGACGAAGGUUGCCGCUUAUACGCACAAGAUUUUCGUCUUUGUGCGUGAGAAGUCAGUCGGAGACCCGAGCGUGGAUAUGGUGACGACGGUGAACAUCCCGGCAGUGGCCGUGAUGAAUCGGGUCAAAGGUGCGGGAUUCUGGAUUUCCUCCGGCAUUUCCAUGUACAUGGGCUCCAUUGGCACCACCAUGUUCAUGACGCACACGGUGGACGAGCUGCUCUGGGGCUUCAAGGACCCGCUGCUCAGUCGCCUGAAAACCAUAAAGCCAGACACGGAGGAAUACUUCGGCAUCAUGUAUAACAAAAACGGCAGUGAUGACGGCGAGUUUGUGUAUCACACCGGAGAGCAGAAUUACCUGGACUUCGGCCGCAUUUACACCUGGAAGGGAGAAAAGAUGCUGUCGUUCUGGAAAUCCAGUCAGAGUAACAUGAUCAACGGCUCCGACGGCAGCGCCUUCCACCCGUUCCUGACCAAAGAAGAGCGGCUGAACGUCUUCACCCCCGACCUCUGCAGGUCCAUCCACAUGCGCUUUGAGAAGGAGGUGGAGGUGAAGGGAAUUCCUGCUUACCGCUUCACGCCACCCCGGGAUGUGCUGGCCAGCGGCAAGAACAACCCGGAAAACGAGGGAUUCUGUCUCACACCAAAGAAAUGCCUGGACGACGGCGUGCUGGAUGUAUCUGUGUGUCGCAAAGGUGCUCCUGUAGUCGUAUCUUUCCCUCACUUUCAUCUGGGCGAUAAGAAGUACGCCGAUGCCAUCGAUGGUAUUUCUCCGGUCCACGAGCAUCAUCAGACCUUUCUGGAUCUGAACCCUACUAUGGGAAUGCCUGUUCGUGCCAUGAAAAGAGCCCAGAUCAACAUCCAUCUUGAGAGAGUAACCGGCUUUCCUUUGACGAGGAAUCUCAACAGCACCAUCUUCCCCAUUGUGUUUCUGAACGAGUCGGUGGUGAUUGACGAUGCUUCGGCCGCGAGGAUUCAGAAGCUGCUGCUGGUCGUGACUCUAGUCUCUUAUUUCCCUCUCAUCCUCGCCGCUCUGGGAGUCAUCCUGCUCUUCGUCGCUAUCAUCCUCGCCUAUCGCUUCUAUAAAAACAAGCCAUCUGCAAAGAAAGACACGUCAUACGCUCCUGUGAGCGCCAAAGCGGACGAUCAAGAUGAGAAAAAUGGAACAUUUAUUGGCAUGACGCCCGUGGACAAGUCUUAAACUACUCUGUGUGUGUGUGUGUGUGUAUGUGUGAGUGAGAGAGGGUGUGUGGCCGUGUGGGUGAGUGUGUGUGUGUGUGUGUGUGUGUGUGCGUGGUCACAGAUGCUGUCUAACAAGCACUAUCAGUAGUUUGUAGAGCGGUGUGUGUCAGUAAAUGACGGUCGUCAUGAUUCACACAAUGGCUCUUCCUCAGGACUGAAGCCGUUCGGAAACGGGCACCUUGAUGAACGACUGCAGAGAGUCUCUGUACACACACAGUUCAGGGUCAUUCAGCAUUUGCUUAGUUACAUAUUUAAACAUUUUGAGCAACAUUGAAUCAGCUGUAAGUGAUUUUUAGGAGUAUCUCACGCACACAUACUCACACACACUGCUCUCGCUCUGUACUUGGUGCUCCACAGGUCACAUAGUGACACACGCAAAACCAAUAUUGAGGCCUAAAUUUAAGAUUUAUGUAUUUGAAUGGCAUAUCACAUUUCCAUCCAUUUGGAUUAUACGGUUUUAACAUAAAUAUAUUCAUAACAUAAUACAUAUUUGUUUUACUUAAGCUGUGAUAAAGUAUGCAAACGCAGCGCGAGCUUCACUAGUGAAGCAGAAAGUGUUCGACUUCAUGUUUCCGUUUUCAGCUCCUCCUCAAAAGCAAGUGGCAACUCUCGCCGAUCGGUUGCAUCUGUAGCGGAUGUCGAACACACCUGUGGCAUGUGCAUCUGUUAGUGGGUGGGGUUUGACAGAGGGCGUGUCUGUUAGUGGGCGGGGUUUGACAGAGGGUGCGUCUGUUAGUGGGUGGGGUUUGACAGAGGGUGUGUCUGUUAGUGGGUGGGAUUUGACAAUGGGUGUGUCUGUUAGUGGGCGGACUUUGACGGUGUUCGUGGGAGGGUUUGACAGAGGGGUGUGUCUACAAGUGGGUGGGGUUUGACACAUGCCGUGUGUGUCUGUUAGUGGGCGGGAUUUGACAGAGGGCAUGUGUGUCUGUUAUUGGGAGGGGUUUGGCAUGGUGCGUGUGUUUUAGUGGGCGGGGUUUGGCACGACUCGUGUAUUAGUGGGCGGGAUUUGACAGGGGGGGGGUGUUUUAGUGGGUGGGGCUUCACACAGGGCGUGUGUUUUAGUGGCCGGGGUUUGGCAUAGAGGGCGUGUGUGCUUUAGUGGGCAGGGUUUGGCACAGAAGAUGUGUGCAGUUAAAGUCAGUAAAGCUCCUGAAAUCACUUAUAGCACCUUUAACAAUCAAACACUAUUUUGACUGAGUUUCAUAACUUUUUAAGGCCAAACAAAAGCAGUUUUAUAUUUGUUACCAAAUGGUCGGUUCACACAGAACGAGCCACAUGUGACUGAACCUGCUGUGCCUUUUGUUAGAAAUGUUUCUUUUAUUCAUUUUGCUUUGUUUUAUUUCAGUGAACAGGUGACAUCACAUCACUGUGCCUUCUUACAGAUGAUUUUUUAAGUGUCAUAUACUAAAGUUAAGGUUUAAUGAACUGGUAUUUGUUGAUUUGAUUUCAGUUUGUCCUGUUGGGGAAUAUAUAAUCUAACGUCUGUAAUCAUUUCAGCCGACUCACUUCUGUAAAUGUAAACUUUGAUCCUCAAACACUGAACACAGACGAAGUCUGAUUAUUUUAGAUGAUUUCAAGGUUUAUUGUUCUGAAAUGAAGAUAUGUAAGUAUUAUUAGACAGAGCAGGAUUGCAAUGAGGUUGCAUUGUGUUACUGAACUAAUAUUUCAGAAUCUUUUCUGAAAUAUGAAAAUAAGUAUUUUAAAAGGUUCAAUCUGUAUAUUUCAAUGUUAGCGGAGAUGAUCACAAGGGUGUUUUGAUAUGUUACAUUUUAAUGUUUGUACUAGCUUUCUGUCAACUAGAUGCUUUGGUGUAAAAUCAUAACAUAACCUCUUACUGUAACUGAAGGUGUGUAUUAUCACUUUGCACUAAAAUACACCACAUUAAAUGUAAUUCUGAAGCUGCACGUUUAACGCACUGUUUUUUGAGAUGGUCACUGGUUUUGAUCCCUGAGCCAUUUUAUUUGAGUUUUAUGAUUUCUUUGUUAUUAUACUGAUGUGCCAAACAUGAAUGAGUUCAAUUAAAAAUAUUGCACUUGGUGCGUUUGAUUCACUUGGACGUCAAUGGAAAAAAUCUCAAAUUUGAGCCCGAGCUCAAAUGAUAGUGUCUGUAUCUGAGUUGAGACUGAAUCUUUGCGCUUCAGUGUGAAUGUAAUUUGGUUUAAAUGCAUUUCGUGUCUUUUCAGCCUUUCAUGUGUUAAAUGAUGCAGAUCUUGCCUUGAUCAGUGUAUAAACUAUAAAACUCAGUGGCCUUCGACCGAUGAACACAGACUGUUUCUUGUCUUCUGCCUCUGUCCAGCUGUUAGAUUUCUAUAUUCAGACUGCACAAAUAAUUGUACAGUUUUGUAUAUAAAUGAUGCCUUUUUUCUUGUGGAUUUAUAAGAAAAUACAAUUAAAAGACUUUCUGAAAGGCA